AUGUCCUUCCUGAACCAGGCGCUCCACAUGUACCAGGUCUACGAGCAGGCCACCCACCAGGGCGGCCAGGGUCAAGGUGGUCAGCAAUACCCGGGCCAGCAAUACCAACAACAACCACAGCAGCAACAACAACAAUACUCGUCCCCGUCGAGCGCCCCACCGGGAUACUACGCUGCGCCAUCUUCGCGUCCGCCUCCGCCCUCGUAUCCGCAGGAGCAGUAUCAGAACUACCAGGCCCCCGAUUCGUAUCAUCAAUACCAGGCGCCGUCCGGACCACCCCCGCCCAAGAACCAGUCGGCCCCGCAACCCCAGGGAACGGUUGGACAGCAGACGGAUGGGUCGGGACACGUGUUCCAGUACUCGAACUGUUCGGGUGCGAAGAAGGCGUUAUUGAUCGGGAUCAACUAUUAUGGAUCACAGAAUCAGUUGAAGGGAUGCAUCAACGACGUGCACAACGUCCAGGAGAUGCUCAAUCAGAGGUUUGGAUACCGGUCAGAAGAUACUGUUAUCCUCACCGAUGACGCUCGAGACGCGCGAUCGCAGCCGACACGCGACAAUAUGAUUCGAGCGAUGCAGUGGCUCGUUCACGACGCCAAGCCUAACGACUCGCUCUUCUUCCAUUACUCGGGACACGGUACCCUCACGGACGCUGUCAGUGCCGACGACUAUGAAGGACAUGCUGAAGCUAUCUGUCCUGUAGACUUCCAGAGAGCUGGACUACUGGUAGACGAUGACCUGUACACCCUCCUCGUCAAGCCUCUUCCCGUAGGCUGCCGCUUGACUGCCGUCUUCGACUCGUGCCACUCGGGCUCGGCCGUUGAUCUUCCAUAUGCUUACUCGACCAAAGGCACCGUCAAGGAGCCCAACCUCUUUGCCAACGCUGCUCCGGACCUCAUGAAUGCUGGAAUUGCCGUUCUGAGCGGUAACGAUCUGGGUGCGCUCAUGACGGCAUUUGGAGCAGCCUCCAAAGCCUACCACACCAAGAGUGGGGUUGCCCUCGCUCGCCAGACCAAGACGGCUGGUGCGGAUGUGAUUGCGUGGGGAGGGUGCAAGGACUCACAGACAAGUGCGGAUACCCAGGAAGCCGGUCAGGCGACUGGAGCCAUGUCUUAUGCAUUCGUCCGUGCAAUCAACACCCACCAGCGGGUCAGCUACCAGCAGUUCCUGGUGGCUCUGCGUGAGGAGAUGCAACGCGGUGGAUAUUCCCAGAAGCCGCAGCUGUCUGCCUGCCAUCCAAUCGACACUUCUCUGGAAUUCAUCAUUUGA